CCCAAGUGGCACGAACGAGCCACCAAAGCAUCUCUUGUUUUUUUACCAUUACCAAACGCGUGUUGUGAUUAGGCCUAAUUUAUUCUGGCUAUGCGUCUGACGUACAUAGGCCCCUUCAGAGAUGAAUACAUCCUGAGCAGGACUUAUCUAUAAAUGCGACGUGCCGUGUCCGUGUUGCCGCGGAGUGGCGGAAUGCUUCUGAACGCCUCCAUCCCUCUGUCGGUAGACUUCCACGCGUGGGAGGACUACCUCAUCUUCACCUUCCACAUCCUGUUCGCCACGUGCGCCGUGCCGAUCGCCGGCUCGGUGGUCGUCGCCAUCUCCUGCACGCGCUCCCUGCGCGGCCAGAACCGUUUCAUCUUCAUGCUGAACACCAGCGUGAGCGACACGCUGACCGGCUUCUCGGUCUACUACCUGGGCCUCUUCGACGUCCAAGAGGGCUACCCGUCGAGAAACGGGACCUACUAUAUCCUCCCGUCGUUCCUCGGCGUCAACGUGCUGACCUUCCUCUUCGCCCAGUUCGACCGCUACUUCGCCGUGUGCCACCCGUUCUUCUACAACCGCCACGUCACAAGAGCCGCGGUGAUCGGGAUCUGCGCGUUCUGCUGGAUCUACACGUACUCCAUCGUCACCGCGCAGAACCUGGUGCCGAUCUCCAUGGCGGCUCAGAUCAACGCGUUCGGCGUGAUGACCCUGCAGAUCAUAGUUUUCGUGAAGGUGUUGAUGACGAUCAAGCUGUACAUCAUAGCCCGGAGCCACCUGGGGAGGGAGGCGCCCAGCUCGGAGCGAGAAAACAAGAAGGAGUCGCUGCGCAUCAUCGUGUUCGUGGUCAUCUCCUUCCUGGCGCUGUGGUGCCCGUCCUUCAUCAACAUCAUACUGAGGCAGCUGACGCGGAAAGGUAUGAGGUUCAGGAACGAGGCCACCAAUCUGUUCGCCAGUAUGGCCCGCCUGAACGCGCUCGUGACCCCGUCGGUGUACAUCUGGGGCAGCCCGGCGCUGCGGCAGGCCGUGUGGAGGACGGUGUGGCGGAGGGUGUUCUCCUGCCGCCGGGGGGCGAGAUUCGGCUUUCACUGUGAUGAUGAAGCAGCGUCAGCAUGAGGAGAAACUGUUAAAGAAAAUGACUCUCAACAAAAGAGACAAUUCAGGCAAUCAAUACCAACACUUCUAUUUGGAAAUAUUAUUGUAUUCACAAUAAUUAAUAACGGCCCCUUUGCAUAAGUACAGAAAAGCAUGUAAACUGUCUCUGUUCCUCAUCUCCAACUGGAUUGUGUUUUUUUAUGUCCGGGAUAACGCGUCUCCACCGACGGGGACAUCCGUUUUCGGGCCUGUGUUCGGUGUCUGUUCAUGCGACUUACGAGUUGAAAUAAUCAUCAUUUAAUAAAAAAUAAUCAGAUUAAUUCCAUGCAAGCAAUGCACAUUUUAAAUGUCUAAUGCCCCCAUCACGUUGGCGGUAAGAUGCCCAUCUACCACAAGCAAGGAGACAUAUUGUGUUUAUAAUCAUCAGACAAUAAUGCGACAAUCAGGGCGCAUGAGUUGGUGUUUGCUACAUUCAGCGGAUGUCCAGCUCUGAUGUUGGGGGACAAUCUGUCUUGGUUUGCGAAGUUUGGUUGAACCAAACAUUUUGAAGUGGAGCUCUUCUUGGUUCUGGAUUGGUUGGCUUUUUGACUUGACGGAGAGCUCACGUUGCCGCGUCUCUGCACGCAGAUAAUGUGAACACAGUGGCAUUUGAAAUGUAACUUCUGUACCUUGUACACAAUGUAACUUAAUAACCUGUUAUAUGUAAACCAUGCUUUUUAUUGCAGAAUAACGAGGAGCAGGACGGCAGCAGCAGGUUUUUACUACUUCAGGGCCACGGUGUUGCGCUGCUUCUUGUCUCCUAAACAACGACAUUCAUACGCUAUUCAUUUACAGAAACAAAUUGUUGUUAUGUCGAUGUGAGGAAACUGUUCAAAAUGUUCAUAUACAUUUAGUACGAGACAAGUGCUUUUUGAUGGCACUGUCGAAUGGUUAGUUGAAUGGUUUACGUUUUAUGUUCUAUCAUAAUAAUCAUCAUUUUUUUGCGAGACUUUUAGUUAUAAUGUAUGCAUCAUUUAUGUUUUAAUUUGUGUUAGUUGAAUGGUUUGCGUUUUAUGUUCUAUAAUAAUAAUCAUUAAUAUUUUUUGCGAGAUUCGUUAUAAUGUAUGCAUCAUUUAUGUUUUAAUUUGUGUGAGUUUUACAAAGCCCGUGUACAUGUGGGGGAGGCCUUGGUCCGGACCGUGUGGGGCAUUGUGUGUCCGAGGUGCAGCAGGUAAGAGGGGAAACGGCGAUAUAAACAUUAAAGGGGACCGUAAAUACAAAUUAAACUAAAUUAAAUAAACUAUAAUUUUUUUUAACUGUU